CAAACCCGCCCGGCCGUGCCAGGGCAGCGGGGCGGGCGCGCUCCGGGUCGAGCCCCUGGGGCUGCCACACCUGACACCGGCCGGGCCACUUGUGGGGGCGGCAGCGGCAGAUCUGCAGCGCGCAGCCCCCAGCGAGCUUCCCCCCUCUUCUUCUCUGAGCCAGAUGGAGCCGCAUUUGGUUUCUCUUUUAAGCAUGUUACUUUUGUGAGGAGAAUAAAACGAGCAGGAACAGCUCUUGGCCGCAGCAGCACAAGCGAGCCCUGCUCUGCCAGAGGAAACCACAUAAAAGCGCGCGGGUGCGCGUUUGGGGGGAGGGCGUAGCGAGCGAUGAUGCCUGGAGCUUCUUGCACUCGGAGCUGCGAUUUGUGAGUGAAACAUGAUGAAAUCACCCCCUGGACAAAUCACACGAGCCUGUCAACCUCACCAGGUUAUAUCCUUAUUUGCUUUUGCCUUUGGAGUAAAUGUCUGCAUGGGAUUUACAACAAAUCGAUUUAGGAGAUCUGAAGAAUGGGAUGAGGGCCCCGUCUCAGUCCUGUCAGAUUCCCCCUGGAUCAAUACCUCUGGCUCCUGCAAAAACAGAUGCUUUGAACUUCAAGAGGCAGAGCCUCCUGGCUGCCGCUGUGACAACCUGUGCAAGAGCUACAACAGCUGCUGCUUCGACUUUGAUGAGCUGUGCUUAAAGACAGCUCGGGGCUGGGAGUGUACCAAAGAUCGCUGUGGAGAAACCAGGAAUGAUGACAAUGCUUGUCACUGCUCUGAAGAUUGCUUAAGUAGAGGAGAUUGUUGUACAAAUUACCAAGUCGUUUGCAAAGGAGAAACCCACUGGGUGGAUGAUGACUGUGAAGAGAUAAAGGCUCCUGAAUGUCCAGCAGGCUUUGUUCGUCCUCCUUUGAUCAUCUUUUCUGUGGAUGGUUUCCGUGCAUCAUAUAUGAAGAAGGGGAACAAGGUCAUGCCCAAUAUUGAAAAACUGAGAUCUUGUGGUACACAUUCUCCUUAUAUGCGACCUGUUUACCCUACAAAAACAUUCCCCAACUUGUACACCCUUGCUACUGGACUCUAUCCUGAAUCACAUGGGAUUGUUGGCAAUUCGAUGUAUGACCCAGUGUUUGAUGCCAGCUUCAGUCUUCGAGGGCGAGAGAAAUUCAAUCACAGAUGGUGGGGAGGUCAACCAAUUUGGAUUACUGCAGCCAAGCAAGGGGUGAAAGCUGGCACGUUCUUCUGGUCUAUUGUCAUCCCCCAUGAGCGCAGAAUAUUAACAAUACUUCAGUGGUUAACCCUUCCAGACAAUGAAAGGCCUUAUGUUUAUGCCUUCUACUCCGAGCAACCAGAUGCUGCUGGCCACAGAUAUGGUCCUUUCAACUCAGAGAUGAUGGUGAAUCCCCUGAGAGAGAUUGACAAGACAGUAGGACAACUAAUGGAUGGACUGAAACAAUUGAAACUACAUCGAUGUGUCAAUGUCAUAUUUGUUGGUGAUCAUGGGAUGGAAGACACAACUUGUGAAAGAACUGAAUUUUUAAGCAACUAUCUGACUAAUGUGGAUGAUAUAAUUUUGCUGCCUGGAUCUUUAGGGCGAAUUCGCCCGAGGUCUAGUAAUAACCUAAAGUAUGAUCCUAAAAUGAUUGUUGCCAACCUUACAUGUAGAAAGCCUGACCAGCACUUCAAGCCUUACCUGAAACAGCACCUGCCUAAACGCUUGCACUAUGCUAACAACCGAAGAAUUGAGGAUGUCCAUUUACUGGUGGAUCGCAAAUGGCACGUGGCAAGGAAAGCCAUGGAUGUUUACAAGAAACCAACAGGAAAAUGUUUCUUUCAUGGAGACCACGGCUAUGACAACAAGAUAAACAGCAUGCAGACUGUCUUUAUAGGUUAUGGCCCUACCUUCAAGUACAAGACCAAAGUGCCUCCUUUUGAAAACAUUGAACUUUACAAUGUCAUGUGUGAUCUGCUUGGAUUAAAGCCUGCUCCUAAUAAUGGCACCCAUGGAAGUUUAAAUCACCUGCUGAGAGCCAAUGUUUAUAAACCAACUGUGCCAGAUGAAGUUGCUAAACCGCUGUAUCCUGUGGCUUUACCUUCUGCAUCAGAUUUUGAUAUAGGAUGUACAUGUGAUGAUAAGAAGAACAAGCUGGAUGAACUCAACAAGCGCUUUCAUAUCAAGGGAACAGAAGAGAAGCAUCUUUUAUAUGGACGCCCUGCCGUACUGUACCGCACAAAAUACAAUAUCUUGCAUCACCACGACUUUGAAAGUGGCUACAGUGAAACAUUCCUGAUGCCUCUGUGGACAUCCUACACUAUUUCCAAACAGGCAGAGGUGUCAGGUGUCCCGGAGCACCUGGCCAGCUGUGUGAGGCCUGACCUCCGCAUUUCUCCAGGAAACAGCCAGAGCUGCGCCGCCUACAGAGGAGACAAACAUCUCUCCUAUGGAUUCCUUUUUCCUCCUCAAUUAAGUUCCUCUGCAGAAGCAAAAUACGAUGCUUUUCUAAUAACAAAUAUCAUUCCAAUGUAUCCUGCCUUCAAAAAGGUAUGGAACUAUUUCCAAAGGGUUUUGGUGAAGAGAUAUGCCACUGAACGAAAUGGAGUCAAUGUUAUAAGUGGACCAAUCUUUGACUAUGACUAUGAUGGUUUACAUGACACACCUGACAAAAUCAAACAGUUUGUGGAAGGCAGUGCAAUCCCUGUUCCAACACAUUACUAUGCCAUCAUAACCAGCUGCUUAGAUUUCACUCAGCCAGCUGACAAGUGUGAUGGACCACUCUCUGUUCUCUCAUACAUCCUUCCCCACCGGCCUGACAACGAUGAGAGCUGCAAUAGCUCAGAGGAUGAGUCAAAGUGGGUUGAAGAUCUUCUUAAGAUGCACACUGCGCGUGUCCGUGACAUCGAGCAGCUCACUAGCUUGGACUUCUUCCGAAAGACCAGUCGCAGCUACACAGAGAUCCUCUCCCUAAAGACAUACCUGCAUACGUUUGAAAGUGAAAUUUAGCUUUCUAACCUUACUCAGUGCAUCCUUUUAUCAACUGGUGUAUAUUUUUAUAUUGUUUUUAUAUUUAUUAAUUUGAAGCCAGGACAUUAAAAAUAUUAGUAUUUUAAUCCUGUAUCAAAUCUUAAACAUUAAACCUUUGUGUCAUAUGUUUUGUUUCUCUAAUGUUUAAUAUAGGUAUGUCUCUUGGUUGAUUUAGUAGUGCUUGUAAUACUGCAUUUUGAGUUCUUACCCUGAGCUUUUAAGUGGUGCUGCAAGGUUUGAUGCAUGCAUCAAGGAAACAUUAAUUUCUCAUGCUCCUUUACCACACUUGUAGUCCUGUACUGUGUAUCAAAAUACUGAACAUGUAAAAUUACACUCAUUUACUGAUAACUGUGUGACAGAGAUAUUUAAACACUAUAGACAAAUAGCAUCCUAAAUAUAAUAAACCACACAUUCAGUUUU